GAGAAAGACGUACGGAUGCUGGGCUGAUGAUAGCCUCCACUGAGAAAGGGCCCAUGCAUUGAGGUCCCAAUUUCUGUUUGGGCACCUGGAGGUGGAGGUCCUUGACCCGCAACAUCUACCUGCUGCCCGGGCCCGUAGGAUGGUGCCGCUUUUGGAAUAAUUGUUGUGGUUUUUUCACCUUCAAGCCAUAAACAGGUGGUGCUGCUCUGCCAUUGGCAGGCAGACGGUGGUCCUAAUAAAGAGGGAGGGGAGAGGUAAUAAAAAGGGAGAGCAGAGAGGAGAGGUUGGAAGGUGGAAGCUGCUCUUCACUUGGCUGCUGGAAGACUUCUCAUCACUCCUCAAGGAGGGAUGGAGUGGUAUGUUGUGGUGUUGCUGCUGAGCUUGCCUCCACCCAUGCAGAGUCGCUGCUCCUCCCAGUGUCCCAGAUGUCUGCAGCAACAUGUCCUCCACACCUCCACCUUCAGCACUCUGUGGUGUGGCGUGUUGUGUCGGGACCAGCCAGGUGUGUGUGACGACUCUGCGGGCUGGGAGGACACCAAGCACGUGGAGGCAGACGAAGAAGAAGAAGAAGAAGAAAAGGCAUCAAAAGAUGUGGCUGUAGAGUUGAUGAAGAAGCUGGAGAAAACUCUCCUGCUUUCCUCUCGGUGGGACCACGCCCACUUGGCCAACAUGCUGGCGGAAGGAGGCGAGGAGGAGGCGGGGGAAGGAGGCGAGGAGGAGGCGGGGGAAGGAGGCGAGGAGGAGGCGGGGGAAGGAGGCGAGGAGGAGGCGGGGGAAGGAGGCGAGGAGGAAGCGGGAGAAGGAGGCGAGGAGGAGGCAGGGUUGCGUGGCUACGAGCUGGUCAAGCGCUAUGGUGGCUUUUUCCGCAAGUUGGGCCCCAAGUCCAGGAGGAGUGGCGGCACAGAGGCACAGCGGUGGCCCGGGGAGCUGCAGAAGCGCUACGGCGGCUUCAUGAGGAGGAUCCGCCCCAAAGUCAACAACAUCAAGUGGGACAAACGCUACGGUGGAUUCCUGCGUCGCCAUUUCAAGGUGGCGGCACGCUCCGUCGAAAAGCCUUUCUCCGCUUACGAGGAGCGCCUGAGUGAAGGAGGAAGAUGAACGUCGCUGCUGCUUCUUCUUCUUCUUCAAUAAAAUCAUCAACUCA